AUGAGUAUAAAAGAGCAGACGUCUCCAGAGGAAGACAUACACGGUGACCCAAAAGGCCUCGCCGUCGCCAUUCCUGAUCUGAACAACAUGAACGCCGUGCUCACCUUGGUGAUCCUGGGAACCGCGGCCACCGCCAGUGUCGCUGCGGUGCCCACCACAGCCAGCCCCUGCCAAGUGCAGCAGAAAGAACAGCCUGUGGACGUAGGAAACAUCGGAGUAUUUGGUGUGAGUUUCGGUGUCAGAAGUUUCAGCCCAACUGUGAAUGUAAACAACACCAGCUACCUUCCGAGUGACACCUACUAUUCUGGGUAUGAACCCAGCACUGAACAUUCUUCUGUCAUUGAACCCACCUUCAGAUAAUGCUCUUGAGGCGACUCCAGCAUCUACUGAGAAACUGUUGACCCCUCUCUGUAUGUUGUCUACCUGUACCUGUAUUACUCAGCUCCAUGAUGGCCAAAAAGAUGAUCAGUUCUACAACGUCUUCUGCAGCUAUGUGUCUGAAGGGAUGUACAGUGUGCCUCAAUAAAAUCGCACCAGAGCGAUGAUAAUCAAAGAUUUUUCAUUCAGUUCAUAUCCCAUAUUUUUAUCUCCUUAUUCCUGAAUCAAAUACUCUAAUGGUAAAACAAGUGGAAAUCUCAACGACACAAACAUCACUUAAAUAAAGAGCCACCAUCAAAGGAGAAACUGGAAUCACAUUUGUGCACAUCCAUGAAUGUACGUUUGCUUGCAUCCGCAAACACCUGCAGUGAGAGAGAGAAAGAGAUAGAGAGAGAGAGAGAGCAAGAAAUCAGAGAUAGAAGAAGAAAGGAAUAAAUAAGAGAAAGAGAGACAGAGAGAAAUAGAGUGACUGACAGAGAUAUGGCGUGGUACAGGACUAGUGUAGGGCAUUCAAUGCUAAAAAAGUGGUGUGAAGGAGUUACAUAAGGCGAUGCAAGCAUGGAAAGGAAAACGUUGUUGAAAUAUAAGAAUGAUAAGCGGAGGAGCGUGAUGGAGGAGGAGUGGGACGCAAUAAGGGGUCAGAAGAAGGAGGGAAGAGGUAAAGCGAGUUAAAUGCAGGAAGCAAAUGAAGUAGCACGUCUUUGUACGGUGAAAUUACAAGGACGUAAGCUGUGAGACAUAUCAGCUCCGAGCGGUAUAGUCUGCAACAGGAGACAUGAUUCUAGUCUCAAAGUUCUUCCUUUCCAUCCUUUCUACAGGAACCACAGAAAUCCCAUUAGCGUUGUCGUUUAUUUGCAGUUCUCUGGACUGGAGUUGCUUUCACUGUAAUGAAUAUUUAUAGACCUAUGGAAAUAUCUCAGAAGGCGUUACUAAAGAUCAUUUUUAGCUGUAAAGGUUUAUAGAAACAAGUGACGAGAUUUCAGUGCUUUACAUUAUGCUUGAAUCGAGAAACAGCCCACAUGUAUGCUGACUCUAUGUGUUAACGUAUUUAAAACAAUGUAUCACUAGCGUAUGCAAUUAAUAUACUGUUAACUGUUCGUUCAUAGAUUUAGCAAUGAAAAUGACCCAGCAACAUGCGUGUAUGUGUGCAGUAAGUUUCCUCCUUUACUGUAAC